UGGGGCCGCUUUCUCCUCCAUAAACCCGCCAAAACUUUAACAUUAAUUUUUGUUUCCUCGGCUGAGACAGUUUGAUUAUUUAUUUGGAUCGUAUAGACUAUUACAUGAUUGUUGUGAAUAAUGAUGGGCUCCGUAGCGCGAAGAGGUCGUGGUAUUUUGGUGGUGUUCGAGGGCUGCGAUAGAAGUGGCAAAUCGACACAGUGCAAAAUGCUCGUAGAUUAUUUGAAAUCUAUAGGAAAAGAUGUAGCUCAUUUGCGUUUUCCAGACAGAACAACAGCCAUAGGACAAUCUAUUAAUGGCUAUCUUCAAGGAACAACUGAGUUGGAGGAUCAUGCUAUUCAUUUACUGUUUUCAGCCAACAGAUGGGAGUCAGAACCAAGAAUAAAGAAGCUAUUAGACAAUGGAACCUUUGUAGUUGUGGAUCGUUAUGCUUUUUCAGGAGUUGCUUUCACUGCAGCUAAGGGUUAUAAUGUGACAUGGUGUAAGAAUCCUGAUCGGGGCUUGCCAGAUCCCGAUUUAAUAUUCUAUUUGGACAUCUCAACAAAAGAUGCACAAACUAGAGGAUCUUAUGGGGAGGAAAGAUAUGAGAAGAUUGAAUUCCAAGAACGUGUUGCUGAGGUCUAUAAACAACUUAAAACUAAGGACUGGAAGGUCCUAGACGCUAUGAAAGACAAAAGUGAAAUUCACGAAGAGAUACGGAACACUCUUCUCAAACUUGAAGAAAAAUUCAGCAAGGCACCACUGAAACGCCUUUGGACAGACGAAAGCUGAUUGGUUGCAGCUAUAAUUUAUAUCAUUGUUAUCUUGAAGAAAUUGGGGAGGAAACGACUUUAAGGACGAACUUAGAUAAGAUGAUCUGUGGUAGAUCCCCUUGGUUUGUUCAAGGGGAGCCAGCUUCAUAUGAAAACAAUGAAUUAUCGUGAAUAAAUUGAGUGAGGAAUACCGUGUAUAGAACGGA